AUGGUAAUAUUGGUGUCGAUGAAGGCAUUGCGUCCCGAAGUGCAGGACUUUUGGGUGACAAUCGGCGACGAAGUGACCACUUUUGCUGAGCUUAAGCGCCAUAUACUCGGUCUGGAACCGGUCGGCGAUCGUCCGCACGAAGACAUUGGCCUCUAUUUGGACAACGGUCUGCUGCGCGACGACAGCACUUCCAUCGGUGAUGUCCUGCGCGGCAAAGAGCGGCUCGAAGUGCGGGCCAUAAGCGAUGGCAAGCGGGCGCCCAAUCAGCCAAUGCGUGCCAAGCGGGCCAUCGCCACCAUUAAACGGAAGCAAUUGGAGGACAUGAAGCGAACCAUCGCCGACAUGAAACAGCUGUCGUUGUCUACUAUUAAUGUCGCGCAACAAACGGAAGGCCCGAAAAUGUUGGACAAUAUCGUCCACAAAGACGACCGCAAAGACCAGUUCAUAGAUGAGCAGUGGUUAGUGAUCCCAUCGCAGCAAUUGUCACCGCAUUUGUUCCCAUUUCCCGACAGUAUUAUCAUUGACGACACGUCGGACGUGGAGUCCAUCGAUACAACGCCGACGGCGGACAACAUAUGGGCCACGAAGAGAGCGGUCGUCAAAAAGAAUCUUGGGUUGCGGCCCAACGACCCGAAUACUGGCGGUUAUAUCGACCCGCGAGCGACCAAACCACUGGUGCUUAGCGAUCAUCCGUUGAUUCCCAUCGAUAGGGGUCCGUAUCGGUGCUGUUAUUGCGGCAAAAUGUUUGACUCCAUACCAGUGCUCGACAAACACCACGACAUUCACUUCAAGUAUUGA